AUGGGAUCCAAUUCAACCAACUCCGACCAAUUGGCUCAAUUUGGAAGGGCUGUGUCAACUACAGCCUCGGCAAUUUUUGGAUCACAGUCAAUGGAAGACACUAUAUUAUCAUAUAGCAGUCCUUACAAGAAAUUGCUACACCAGACAAUCACCCACUCGGGCUCCAGUAGCGCUUUAACAAAGUUAAGGACCACGGCAAAUCCAUUUCGGAAGGAAGAUAACAAGUCCUUUCAAGACAUAUACUCUGCUCCGAACGGAAAAUCAUUUUUUGAGAAUCAAUUUAGCAACACCAAGACCAGUUUUCGCGUGCUUAGCUAUCUCAGUGAAGAACUGCUGUAUGAUAUACCGAAUUCUAAGAAUUCAAAUCGCAGUAAGAAAAGCUCGCGGCGUCUCUUGACCGAAAACGGCGAUGCCACGUCCCAUAGCAGAUCAACUGGAGAAGAGCCAUCUCUAUUUCAGGGCUUCCACUCUUCGCUGCCUACCAUCAACGAGACAAUCAGUUCGCAUGGCAACCAUGAGGAAUCUCGUACUCUUACGAAUUCAGAGGAGAGUACUGGGGAAGAGGCAUUUUCCUUGCCAGGGAAACUCGAUUGGGAUGAGCUGAGCGAGACAUAUUCACUGCAUACUCUGAAAACUGCAUCACAAAGCAUCACUGAUAACUUGGACUUGUUAGAGAUUCAAAAAAACUUGGCAGCUAGUGAGAUCAAAGAGAUUGACGCUAAGUUGGAAAAGCUAAAGAUGGUUCGUAACUUUGUUUUCAAACGAGUGGCCAGAGUGGAGCAAAAUGAGAUUUUUCUAGAAAAGCAUCUCGCUCUUGUCAAAGACAGAAUUGAUUUGAUUCAGGAACAUGGCCUGGACGAAGAUGCCGAAAGCGAGAAUCGCUCCGACAUGAAGGGCGCAUCGGCAGAAAGCAGUACCAAAAGAACCAUCCAAAGUAGCACAACAGCACAGGAACUGGCCAACAACAACGCACCUGAGAGUGAUGAUGACGAAACAUCUGCUUUGAUGAGCAAGUCUAUUUAUCAGAAAAUAAAAAAGAGCCCGCCCAGUUCAAAAGCAGCCUCACUCAAGGCUUCCCAGAAUCAAAAGCGCACGAAUCAAAAUGUUCUCCACGUUAACCACCGCAAACGAAAGACGUACCCAACAUUACAACAGUUUUACGAACCUGGAGCCAGCAUAGCAUCUUUCCCUAAAGCGCACGACGAUAGCAUAACGUGUCUGGACUUCGACAUGCCGUUCGGUACCAUGUGUACCGCGGGAAAAAUGGAUCACUCCGUCAAAAUCUGGAACUUGAGUAAGCAAACACAGAUCGCUUGCCUGCCGGGCCACCUGGCUUCCGUAAGCUGUAUGCAAAUGGACGAGUCAUACACAUUGAUCACUGGCGGCCGUGACGCCUUAUUGAAACUUUGGGACGUGGAAAAGGCUGAAGAUAUAUAUCAGGAAGGUGGCGUAGAUGCUGAAGAGGAUGAGCUUUGUAUGCACACGUUCGACGCCCACGUCGACGAAAUCACCGCUUUGCAUUUCGAAGGAGACUCCCUCGUUUCGGGUUCUCAAGAUCGUACGAUUCGCCAGUGGGAUUUGACCACUGGUAAGUGUCUACAGACUAUUGAUCUUAACUUUACAAACAGGGGCACGUCUGAUGGCUUUUCGUCCGUCCGCUCCCACAACCCGCGCAGCAGUGUGCUUCUUACCCACAACGACCCGCCAGUUAUUGGCGCGUUACAAUGCUACGACGCGGCAAUGGCUACCGGGACGAAGGACGGCGUGGUCCGACUAUGGGACCUCAGGUCAGGACAGGUCAUUCGCACCCUCGAGGGCCACACUGAUGCAGUCACAGGUCUGCAGUUCGACUCGAUCAACUUGGUGACAGGGUCCCUGGACCGCAGCAUACGGAUUUGGGAUCUACGAACUGGACUACUAGCUGAUGUAUUUGCGUACAACAGCCCUGUUAGCAGUUUGCAAUUUGAUCUAGACAAAAUUGUCGCCGCCAAUAACGAAAACAGUGUCAAGGUUUACGAUCGGAAAGAGAGUCGCCACUGGAUCUGCGGCGAGGCGGAACCUGCAGAUACCGACAACAAUGUCGUUGAUUUCAUACGAUACAAGCAUGGAUACCUCGUAGAAGGUCGCACCAAUGGGGAUGUGCAUACGUGGGCUAUAUAG